AUGAGUGACGCCGUUACCAUUAGAACUAGAAAAGUCAUCACCAACCCAUUAUUGGCUAGAAGACAAUUCGUCAUUGACGUCUUGCACCCAAACAGACCAAACGUUUCCAAAGAUGAAUUGAGAGACAAAUUGUCAGAAAUCUACAAAAUCGAAAAGGAUGCCGUUUCAGUAUUUGGAUUCAGAACCCAAUUUGGUGGUGGAAAAUCAACCGGUUUCGGUUUGAUCUACCAAUCAGUCGCCGACCUCAAAAGAUUCGAACCAUCAUACAGAUUAGUCAGAUACGGAUUGGCUGAAAAAGUUGAAAAGGCUUCAAGACAACAAAGAAAACAAAAGAAGAACAGAGAAAAGAAGAUCUUUGGUACCCAAAGAAAGGCACAAAAGAAGGCUGCUAAGAGAAACGCCGAUUAG